AUGGUCUACCCAUUCCAGCCCUGGAGCAGGGACGCGUCCAGCAUCCGCUCCUCGCUCAGCGAAGCCAGCUCCAGCAACGCCCACGCCUACUUCGACCUCAGCUUCCCCAGCUCCUACUCUCCGGUCGGCAGCAUCGGCAACAGCAUCCCUCCACCACCGCCUCCCUCCCCCAACGACGACCUGCUUGACAUCACUCCCCAAAAGUGCAGCUUCUCGUCCAACUCCACCAACAACGCCUGCGCCUUCCCCUCAUGGCCCAACCGCCCGUCCCUGAUCAGCUGCGACUCCGGCGAAUCUACUGCCUCCGCGUACCUCUCCGACGAGGAUCUCUUCCCCGAUGGACCGAUGACCCCCGAGCCCGCCAGCAGCAUCGACGAGGAAUCCGCCGCCAUGGACCCGCGCAUGGGCGGCAGCAUCACCACCGAGCAGCAGAUCCAGAUGCUCCGCGCCGUGGCGCAAGAAGAGGCCGAGCGCGCUCGCUUCCUCGCCCAGGUCCAGGCCCACGCAAAGGCACAGCAGGCGCUCCGCGUCGCCCAGCUCGCAGCGACAGAGAAGGAGGGCACCAAGCGCAGCAAGAAGCGCAAGCCGCUCGUGGCGGAGAAGAAGCGCCGCACCACCUCGUCGUCCAAGGUCGUCUACCGGUCGUAA